AUGGAGAGCGAGGACCAGGACUAGUCUUUUCUGUUCUUUCGGUCUUCCCUCUCUGGUCUGACGUGAUUCUUCAACUCACACGCUUUUCUCAAUCCAACACAUAUUUCCACUCCUCUGAAUCGAAGUUCCAUUCCGCCAUUGAUAUUUCUCAUCAGUCUUCCUUCCACCGCUUCUUCCCGAACUCCCGGCGGCGCCUCCUAUUCCGUGCUUGCGGAAUCACCCCGAGAGAGCACCCACGCCCGCCAUGAACAAGAGGAGCUUGAACCCCAACCUCAACCUCAAGCUUUCUCUUCCUCCUCCUGAUGAAGUCGCCUUCGCCAAGUUCCUGACGCAAAGUGGCACGUUCAUGGACGGUGAUCUGCUCGUCAAUCGCGACGGAGUUCGAAUCGUCUCUCAAACCGAGCCUGAUGCUCCGCCGCCAAUUCAGCCCGCAGACAACCAGAUGAGUCUAGCAGAUAUAGACACCAUCAAGGUCAUAGGGAAGGGAAAUGGCGGCAUUGUUCAGCUCGUGCAGCACAAAUGGACCGGCCAGUUCUUCGCGUUAAAGGUUAUACAAAUGAAUAUCGAGGAGUCUGCACGUAAGGCAAUUGCUAAGGAACUGAAAAUCAAUCAAUCAGCACAAUGCCCCCACGUUGUUAUGUGCUAUCAAUCUUUCUAUGAUAAUGGUGCUGUUUCCAUUAUCUUGGAGUACAUGGAUGGUGGUUCCUUAGCAGAUUUUCUGAGAAAAGUUAGAACAAUUCCUGAACCGUACCUUGCUGCUAUCAGUAAGCAGCAGGUACUAAAGGGUUUGUUGUAUCUUCAUCAUGAGAAGCAUGUUAUCCACAGAGACAUGAAGCCUUCCAAUUUGUUAAUAAAUCAUAGAGGAGAAGUCAAAAUCACUGACUUUGGUGUGAGUGCAAUAAUGCUAAGCACUUCAGGACAGGCAAAUACUUUUGUUGGCACGUAUAAUUAUAUGUCGCCUGAGAGAAUUAGUGGAGGAAAAUAUGACUACAAAAGUGAUAUUUGGAGUUUGGGAUUAGUGUUGAUGGAAUGUGCGACAGGUCAAUUUCCAUAUGCACCUCCAGAGCAAGAUGAAGGCUGGGUUAAUGUGUAUGAGCUUAUGGAAGCCAUCGUUGAGCAACCACCACCUCAUUUACCUUCUGAUCAGUUUUCUCCAGAAUUUGGCUCGUUUAUAUCUGCAUGCGUUCAAAAGGACCCAAAAUAUAGACUGUCAGCACUUGAACUUAUGGCACAUCCAUUUAUGAAAUUGUACGAUGAUCUUCAUAUUGAUCUCUCAUCUUACUUCAAGAAUGCUGGCUCUCCUCUUGCGACCUUUUAAGUAUCUCAUGGGGGCUCACGGCGACUCUGAAACAACUCAAGGAAGUAAUAAUCUAGUUAAAAUUUUGAACUUGUCAAGUAUUGAGCUGCAAAAAUGCGGCAGGUAAGCAACAAUGGUGUCAAGAAGCAUCAACCUGAGUAUCAAAUUGCUCAAACAUUUUGUGUAGUGUAAACCGAAAUCUUUCUCUGCAGUGUAACUAGGGCGAGGUGUUGUUAUUAUCUCAUAAUGUGGGAAGGGAAGCCCCCUUCUAUAAUUUGAGUUGCCAGAGGAAAGAAUACCACAACUUGCUUCUAUGACAAACAACAGUGUACUAUUUGUGUGAAAGGUGUGGCUUGUUUCCCUUGUAUCUAAGACAUCUGUGUUGUGUAAUGUAAAUGUUGUUCUACCAACUCUGUUAGCUGUUCAGUCUGCUACUUACUGUGUUUUAUGCAUCUCCUUACCGUAAAAAAUCAUGGUACUCAAGCAAUUGGCUACAAAGAUUAGGAUGCUGUGCCACUUAUCCGAAAAGCGAAAAUUGCAUAGUUAUGUUGUAUGUGUUGAAGAUCUUACUGUACAUUGUAAAAGAUCGUCAGCUACAGCAGAAGCAUUACGAGUCAUGAGACUGAAAGCUAAGAAGCAAGAGCUGCCGUUGUAUGUCAUUUCGAUGAAAGCAUCUGCAAUAAAAAUCUGCAUUUGCUGCUGUGUAAAAAGGCGAAAAAGGGGCCCUAAGAAGGUAAGAUAAGGUUAUUACUACUGCUGAGGUUGUUGUGUCUUCCUCUUGAACUUCCUCUGUGCUUUCAGGUCCACCACAACGACUGUUAUGUUGUCUUUGCUCCCUCUCUGCAGAGCAAGGUUGGACAGAGACUCUGCUGCAGCUUGUGCUGCAGGGUCAGCUCCCGGAUCGUCGGGCAUCGUCGUCUGGCCUUGACUAUGGCCAUCCUGGGCAUUGCUUCUUCUUCUGUGCCACAGCAGAAUCGUUCUCCUCGCAACCUCGCACGCCUCCUCGUUCGUUAUCACAUCCCACACCCCGUCGCUCGCUAAAAUCAGGCACUCGUCUUCUUUCGCUCUCUCCACGAUUCUCACUUCUGGGUCAGGGAUGAUCCACGGCUUCAAGUAUCUGUCACCUAUGGAUCUUGACAUUGCAAGAACACCCAGAACUCGAGCUCCAUUCCACUGAAUCACCUUGCCUCCUGCACCUUCAAUUCUUGCAUAUUCGUCUUCUCGAUCGGGCUUGUGGUCCACGGACAACGGAACAGCUGCUUUGCCGCGGCAAAGCACUGCCCUGGAGUCGCCACAGUUUGCAACGACGAUGUGCGUCCUGCAAACCGUGGCGACAACUGCUGUCGAGCCCACCGUCUCGGGGACUACCUCAACAGCAGCAGCACCACUUCCAGUACCACUACCACUGAUCUCUGCAUCCACUCUCAGAAAGCACUUGGAGAAGGCCUUCUUCAACACCUCCUCUCCACAACCCGCUCUCGCGAGCUCCUCGAUCUCCUCCGACAGCGCCUCGUGGACUCGCUUCCUGCAGUACUCCGCAACCUGCGAACCACCAUGGCCAUCAUACACACCGAAGAAAUGCGCGGUCGAAUCGACCCGGCUGCCCAACAUCCGAGCUGGGACGCUCAUGAACCUCGGAACUACAGCCACUGCAUCUUCCAUCUCGGGCCUUCUCCCGCAGAUUGAUGUCAUCCCCCACAGCGGUAAUCUGUCCUUCAUCUCCCCUGCUUCCACUGAACCACACUGGCUGCUGGUAUUGCUACUACCAGUGUUGGUUUGGGGAGGAUUGAUGGAGUGAUAAGAAGUGGAGAGAAAAUCAAGAUUGCUGGUAGGAGAAGGAAUCGGUAACAAGCUUGAUCUGUCUGCUGCGAGUGUGAUUGGACUGCAGAGCAGGCUGGCUAUGUUGAAUGGAACCCCUGCUGCUGCAGGGGACAUCUCCCCUGUAGUGUUCAUUUCUUAUCUCCCCUGUAUUCAAAGCAGAAAGAAAGAAAGAAGAAGAAGAAGAAGAGGAGGGACUGAAUAUAUGGGAAAGAGAAGGGUGUGGUGGGUUUUUAUAAUAAACGUCUAAAGUUGGGGGGGAGCUGGAGGUUUCUAAAAGGGCUAGAAACAGAGGACCACAAGAUCUCCUUCUCCACCUUCCCUCUCCCUGUGAACUUAACUUCUUUGUGGAUAAAUGCUAUAGGUUGAAGGAAGUGAUGAAAGCAAUGGGGAGGGUGGGAAAAGAGGGGAGAAAGAAAACGGGUUGAAGAAGCAACCAGACCAAAGUAAUAAAAGAAAUAGAAAUGGCCAGAAGGGGGUUUUUUUUUUUGCCUGAAUCAGUGGCAAUUCAUGUGAGCCUCAUGAGAGAAAGAAAGAAAGAACAGAGCUUUGGUAGCUAUCUGUCCCAUUGUUACCUUUUUCUUUUAGAUGGGUUCCUUUUCCCCUGAACCGAAGAACGCAGUUGAGGCUGGAGGAGAGGGAAAAUUUGAGCUUGGGCUUGAACCAGAGCUUUUCUUUCUUAUAUAAGAAGAAGAGGAAGGAGGAAGGAGAAGAAGGGAUGGGAUUGAUGAUUGAAAGGCGGAAGGAAAGAAAGGGAAAGGAGGCGUGAAGGGAGAAAGGAGGGCACUUGGCACUAGGUCAUGGCGGGAGCGAAGGAGAUAAUGUAGUAAAGAGAAGAGGAGAGGGGAGGAGACUCGUGGAUUUACGAAACCAGACGUCUGAAAGACUGAAACUGAUGCAGUGAUGCUCCUUGUUUUUUCCUUUUUCUUUCUUGGGGGAUGAAUGAGCUUCUUUCUUCUUUCUAUUUUAUAAAUUGUUUAUUUAUUUGU